ACAAAAAAAGUUCCAGUUCUGUUACCAAAGAGAAAAAACUAAAUCCAGUUCUCCAGACAAUAUAUAUAUGUAACUCUUACUCGACCUUAUAUAUACCCAUAUGAACCUCACAUUCUUCCCUAACCCCCCAAAAAAAACCCAACAAAAACCUUAAAACGCCACAAACAUGGGAUCGUUAGUUCAUGUCAAAGAAGCUGUUAUUGUAACACCAGCGGAGUCAACUCCAACUGGAGUCCUUCCCCUCUCACCUCUCGACUCACAGCUUUUUCUACGUUUCACAAUUGAAUACCUUCUGGUUUAUAAACCUCACCUCCCAUCCGACGUUUUAAACCCACGCGCCACCGUGACUCGUCUCAAAUCAGCUCUAGCAAAAGCCUUGGUCCCAUAUUACCCGUUCGCCGGUCGUGUUAGGGCCAAACCCGACGGCGAUGGUGGACUCGAAGUUGUUUGUAGAGGACAAGGUGUUUUGUUCAUCGAAGCUGUCUCCGAUUAUGAAGUUAACGAGUUCGAACGAGCUCCACGGUUCGUAACUCAGUGGAGGAACUUCUUGUCGGUCCACGUGGCGGAUGUCUUAAAAGGGGCCCCACCACUUGUCGUCCAGCUGACCUGGCUUAAAGACGGUAAUGCUGUUGUCGGUGUCGGCAUUAAUCAUUGCCUUUGUGAUGGUAUCGGCAGUGCUGAGUUUCUGAACUCGUUUGCUGAGUUAGCUUCCAUGAGUCAAACCAAGUUUUCUGAGUUCAAGUUUAAACCUAAACCUGUUUGGGACCGUCACCUUCUAAACCCUCCGCCACCGUUCAGGCCAUCAAGAAAUAAUAAUAACUCGCCGAGUCACCCCGAGUUCGACCGAGUCCCAGACAUUUCCGGGUUCGUGGCUCGUUUCUCCAACGAAAAACUCGUGCCCACUUCAUUCAUUUUCAAUAAAACAAACCUCGACGAGUUAAAAAAGGUAGCGCUUUCAACGAGUAAACUCACUGAGUCGAAUUAUACAUCGUUCGAAGUUCUCUCAGCUCAUAUAUGGCGGAGCUGGGCUCGAGCUUUAAACCUACCUUCAAACCAAAUAUUGAAACUGCUUUUCAGUAUCAACGUUAGGGAACGAGUCAAACCGAGUUUACCCAGUGGGUUUUACGGCAACGCGUUCGUGUUAGGCUGUGCUCAUACCACCGUCAAGGACUUGACGGGGAAAGCAUUAGGGCACGCGGCAAUGUUGGUGAAGAGAGCUAAAGAGCGAGUGGAUAACGAGUUUGUUAAAUCAGUGGUGGAAUCGGUGAGCCGGAGUCGAGCCAGUCCGGACUCAGUUGGGGUUUUGAUAUUGUCACAAUGGUCAAGGCUGGGAUUAGAGAAGAUUAACUUUGGGAUGGGGAAACCGGUUCACGUAGGACCAGUUUGCUGCGACCGGUAUUGUUUGCUAUUGCCGGUUUUUAAUCGGACGGACGCGGUGAAGGCUAUGGUGGCGGUCCCCUCGACUGCAGCCGCCAGAUAUGAACAUCUGGUCAGGAGUUUCUGCUCUUGAGGACCACUGGAUUUUGGCCCUUUCGUUGACCUUUUCUUACUACAACUUAAUUUUGACUUUUAUUUCAAAUUCUUCCUCUGCCUCUUUUUUAACUGACUGAUCUCAAAAGUAAAUUAAAGAAGCACUAGAAGCCACAAGGUUUUUUUUCUUCUUUUUUUUUUAUAUGUACAUAUAUAUUAAGAAAAUUAUGUUGUUCA